GCAGCAAUACACUUGGCAGCAUUACUAGGAUACGCUCUCCAAUUGAGUACCCAUAUAUCAUCAUAGGCAUUUGGACAUUCGUUCCUAUCAUGCUCUUAGCAUCAUUCUACUACCAUGACCGGACAUCAGGCCAGAAAUAUUACACACAAAACGGCACUAUAAGGAAGGCCACAUUUAAAGAGAGGACUCCAACAUGGAGGUCCAUAUUCUCACCAAAGACCUGUGGACAAGGGAGCUCAUUGUUUGGGGUAGGAAUCAUCAUUUUGCUUUGUCUUUAUUACUUUACACUGAGUUUCAAAAUGAAGCCUUUCUAUGAAUUUAUCAUGGUGUAUGCUACAGAAAAAAUAGGAAUGUCAAAGGCACAAGCUGCAGUAAUGAUGGUAGUUGGACGAGUAGUCAUCAUAGUAUCGGGGACCAUAUGGGGCACGCUGACCCGUUUCUUCCCAAUACAAGUUUUACUAUUCAUCAAGAUUUUCACCGAGCUUGCAAUUGUGAUCUACUUCAAUUACGUCGAUAUCUACACCAGUGGGCAACUCUAUGGGUUCAUUGUAGCCAUAAGUAUGUUUGGGGCUACUAACUGGGCAGCUGGGAUAACAUGGGGUCUUAGAUACCUCGAGUUCUCAUCUCUCGUGUAUACGUUCAUAGAACUCAGUGGAGCGUGUGGCGGGAUACUCUCCACCUGGGUGACUGGCUAUGUCCUGGAGUAUGGAGGCCAUGAGGCAAUGUUGAGGCUGCAGCUGGGAGGUAAUGUGCUACUCUGUAUAGUGCUGAUGGUUAUGCAAGUGGUGGGAUCAUGCAAGGGAGAGAAGUUUAAGAACACAGAGGCAGGUGAGACACAGGUGAAUGAUCCUCAAAAGAGGUCAGCAUUAAAAGUGGAGAAUGCCUGAAUGUGUAAAGCAAAACCAUAUUGUAGAACACUCCGUAAGUGGGGCACUUUAUGAAAGCUAUCAUUGAGAAAAUAAAGAUCUAACAGCAUCAAAAUUGUAGAAUCACCUGUGAUCGUCA